UGAGUGCACUUCUUCCCGAGGGAACUCAGCAGCAGCCUCCGCCACACCACCACCACACGCAGACAUGCCGCCCUUCGAGAGGUCCAUGGAAAUGAUGCCUUUCAAGCAAAGGAAGUGCCUGGCCACAAGAAAAGAUGAAGUCUGCACAAUUCGGUCCAAAUUUCCCAAUAAGUUGCCGGUCAUUGUUGAGCGAUACAUUCGGGAGAAACAGCUUCCUCUGCUGGACAAAACAAAGUUCUUGGUCCCUCAUGAACUCACAAUGGGGCAGUUUCUGUGUCUGCUCAGGAGUAAGAUAGCGCUGGAGGCCUCCCAGACUUUGUACCUUCUGAUCUCAGGAAAGAGCAUGUGCUGUAUGACGGCCAGCAUGGCGCAGAUAUAUUCACAGCACAGAGAUCCCGACGGCUUCCUCUACAUGACCUACGCCUCGCAAGAUAUGUUUGGCUGAGAAAAGACAUCAGGGCCUCUUUAGGGACCACUCCAUUAUCUCCAUUAUCUCCAUUCUACAGUACUGACUGACCGAAGCUCUACUACUUUCAUCUCUCCCCGGUCCUGCUGAACGUCAUCACAUCAUGCAGAUCUGGCCAAGAACAUUCCAUUUUCUGAUCUCUACUCUGUUUCAGUUCUUUCUAAUUUUCGUAAGGAGGAGAAGAAACAAUACUGUAUGUGCCCUGUCACAAGUUAACGCGAGUUGCAACACAGCUUAAGAAUCAUGUCACUCGAGCACUUAUCUUCGAGACACAGGCGUCUGGUCGUGACGUUCUGAGUUUGUGGGACUGCCGUGGAACAAAGGACAUGUCCUGGGAUUCCAUAUCCUUCAGCUAGCUGUCACAGGAAGAGGGAGAGAGGAAGAGGGUCCAUGUCGGGGUGACAAACAUUUUCCUUCUUUGUUUUCUUUGUUGUGUCAAUUUGCUUGUCUCCUGGAAACAGUCCUGUUGGAAAAGAGCUGAAGAGACUGAGCCAUUUUGAGUACAAAUACCACCAAAUGUUUACAGUGAACAACACAGUCAUGUACUCUACCUCAACUGUUAUUGGGAAAGCUAAAAAUAAACCUGUUAUGCCCUUUUAACUCAGCGUCUGCAUGGUCUGUAUAGCAUUUUUGAUUUGAUUUAGCUCAAUUCUCAAUGGCACUCAAACCAACGCACUUUACAAAAAACAAUUACAUAAAAGUAAUAUAAUGACAUUAAUUACUUAUGACAUCAAGUAUAAAAGCACUAUAUGAGAAAUUCUGAAUUGAAUUGAAUAUUGAAUUGAAAUCUGAACUUAUAGUUCUAAAACAUCUAAAUUCAAGCCUUUUCAAAAGCCAUUCUGAUGAGUUCUGAGUUGGACAAUGGCCAACAUGGAAAGGCCCAGGGCUGGAAGUGCUUCUCCGCCAGCCAAUAGACUCCUCAG